UCCAAAGGGCGUUUCAUUUGUGUGUAUUACUGUGGAGUAAUUUUACGUGUAAAUGUCGAUCGCUAUAUUCUCUUCGAUUUAUUCAUUAUGUAAGAUCGUUUAUUGAUAUCAAUCAGUAUAUAUAGGGUCAAUCAACGAUUUCUUAGGUUGGGUCAGUCAAAAGGUGAAAGAGCUGGUUUGGAAUUAUUUUGGGGAACGACUGCUUGCGACUGUAGGCCAAGAUGACGUAUGAUGUAUGUAUUGUAGGAGCUGGAAUGGUGGGGUCAGCUGCAGCCAAAUGGCUCUGUAAACUGCAACGAGAAACCAAAGUCUGUCUGAUUGGGUCUCAAGAACCAACCAAAAAGGAAUGGGAAGACGGGAGGCGGGAAGUUUUCGCAUCACAUUACGAUGAGGGCCGUGUGACAAGAGAGCUGGAUGCAGAUUAUACAUGGGGGUUGCUAGGGCAACGGUCUAUCGAACGAUACAGAGAAAUCGAGCAAGAAAGUGGAAUCAAAUUUUACAAGGAGGUGGGCUGUGCAUUCAUUGACACCAAGGGAAAUCAACGGAUGCAGAACUACAAGGAAACUGCUGGAAAAUUAGGUGUCCGUCACGAAAUCUUCAACUGUCAAUCUUUCCAAGCCAAAUUCCCUUACCUUCGCGUGAACCACGACAGCGAAUGUGUAUGGACGGCCGAGAGGGCCGGACACAUCAGUCCUCGAAAGCUCGUCGCCGCCCAGCAGAAAAUUGCGUCAUCACUCGGUUGUCACGUGAUCCAUGAAGUGGUGACAAGCAUCACGGAUGUGACGUCACAAGAUGGAGAAACGGUCGUCAGAGUAUUGUCUGAGAAUGGGAGGGAGAUUUUUGCCAAGCGUGUUCUCCUUUGCACGGGAGCGUUUACUAAUUUCCAUAGCAUUCUGCCAGGGGAUAGGAAGAUUGAUUUCAACAUGUGUAGGACUUUUGUGGUGAAGGUCGAGUUAUCGGAACAAGAUGCUAUCAAGAUGUUAGAUAUGCCCUCCAUCCUUCUGGAUAACAAGGACUGUUACGUGCUACCGCCAAUCAAAUACCCUGACGGGAAGUACUACCUGAAGCUGGGGCUGUGGUUCAGUCUGGAUAAUCAGUUCAGUGAUCUACACGGAGCGGCGGAGUGGUUCAGAAGUCAUGGGAGGAACUUUGGUACCUCAGACACCAUCGCUGUGCUGCGAGAGCUGAUUCCAGGAAUCCGGCCAAUUUCUCUGACAACGGACUGCUGCAUCGCUUCGGUCACCCCUACCGGCCAGCUCUACUGUGACAUGUUGGCCUCUCGUCUCGGCGUCCUGAUAGGUAUGAACGGCCUCGGGGCAAAAUGCAGCAACGAAAUCGGACGUAUGGGCGCAAGCAUGAUUUCAAAAGGGUCGUGGAACUACGACUUGAAUCCAGACAUGUUCAAGGUUCAAUAUAGGAAGAAUUCUCCAAAGAGCUUACUCACUGGAAAGCUCUAGAACAUGAAAAUGUUCGUCAUAUUUAAUAUGAUUCAACUGUCCACUGACCUUGUAGAUAUUCUCCAUUGAUCUCAGAGAUAUUAAUUCUUUCAUUAACCCUACGCAUUUGAAGUGCAUUAAUAGUGCCUUCCUAUUUACCACGUUCUAGAAUAUACAAUUCUGCGUCAUUCGGUGUGUUAUUAGAUACAAUCAGGACUUAGUCUUAAAGUGGAAAUUCAAAGAAAAUCACAUAUAUGUCAACUAAUGUAUCACUAGAAACUGGUAAGCUAACAGAUGGCCAUCGUACAAGUGUUAGGUCAACUACAUAUCGGGUGAUUUACCACCUCCAUAUAGGAUAUAAGAGAGCUUCGCCAGAAAAAUAACGAUGUUUUAAUGACGUCACAUAAUGUACGAAUACUGCCCAAGCAGACGAAAUCCCAUAAAGAAUUAACAUAAAUGCAAAGCUAUUAUUUCUCAAAUUAUAAUGAGUUUAGUGUAUAUAAAUGUGAUGGCAUUUCAAACCAUUCAAAAGGGGAUAUGAAACCGAUUAUGAUAACUAAAAACUUUUGUUUGUAAAUACACAGGAUAGGAGUUAAUUAACAAUCAAAGAAACCAGACUUUCAAAUUGAA